CCCACACACUGGGAUAUUUUUCAAUCGAAACAAAGGCGAGAACGACGUAAAAAGUCAAGGAAGUUGCGUCUCGCGUUUUUUCUGUUGAAAAUUUCGUAGUAAUCAAACUAAUUAUUACGAAAAAACAAAGUACAGUGAAAUAUGAAUACUUGCUCAGCAUGUGUGCAAUAAAGUUUUCCUGAAAAACCUGGUGAAAAUCGAAAAAAAAUUUGAUGCAAAAGUGUUCUCUGCAUAUAACAUACAAGAGUGUGGUGGAUCGAUAGCUCUUUGAAGUUGAAGUAUUUCGAACAAAAAAAAUUACAAUUUUUCUUCAGUAGCGCCGUUGUGUGUGUGGUGUGUGUUUUUUUUUUUUGAAUCGAGAAAAAAAAGUAAAAUUUUGUUUUUCAACUUGUGGGCGCUGGCCUAAAAUAUCAACUUUUACUGAAAAGCAACGUCAUUUCGUUUGGACGUUUCGGACAAUAAUUCCACUCGGAACACCACUUGCCUAGGAUACACCCAAACCAUUUUGAGAGAAAAAAUAGAGGAAAAAUUCAUCCGAAUCCAAUCGGCAAACAAAACUACCAUCCAUAUCGCAUGCACAAGAUGAAUUCGAACCAUUCAAAUUCAAGCCGACGACCAUUUUCGCGGGGUGCAGCACCGCGAAAUAGACAAAGAUUGUAUUCGCAAAAUCCGCAUUCACACAAUGAUAACUACCAGCAGCGAAAUUUCGGACAAUGGUACAAAGAUCCAGAACCGUGUUACUCACAUGGAGCCGGUCCAAGUCAUGGUGACCGGCGUAAUGGAAUGAUGUCGGAUCGACGACAUCUUAUGGGAGCCAUGUCAAUGGAUCGAAUGGAUCGGCUAGACCGUAUGGAUCGUAUGGAUCGCAUGGAUCGUAUGGACAGGCUGGAUCGCAUGGAACGCAUCGAUCGAAUGGACAGAUAUUCACAGUCCAGUCGAAAUGCAGAUAUGCACAAUGACAGAUCCGGGAUGAUGGAUUCGAAUCGUGGCAUGAAUAUUAUGAACAAUCACCGAGACCGGAACAGUCCACAGUACCAUAACGGCCACAACAACAAUAACAACAUUAAUAAUAUGCACUCGAACCAUUCCAAUCAUUCGAAUCAUUCAAGCAAUCAUCAAAAUAAUCACCUCAAUCACUCGAACAGCCAUGCAAAUCAUCAUACACCUAGUCCAUCAUAUUGCCCCGAUAAUGGCAUCAAAUCCGACAGUCCAUCGAGAAAACGACGCCGCGUAUCCCGUGUGCCAAGCCAAUCUCCACCGUCGAUGUGGGAACAAAGACAGUCGCCCAGAAAUCAACAACAGUCUCAGCAAAUGCAGCAGGGCAGUCCAUUGUUACGUCGUGCUAGACUUCGAGACCAACAACAGCGGCCCUGGGAUACAAUGCCGAUUUUCCAGCAAUCUCCUCCACCGCAACAUCAAGCCCCAACUACGCUUAUGGUUGAAAUGAAUCCGGUUCCAGUAAGCUUACCACUGCGACACGAACCAAUAUGGACAUAUCAGCCGCACAUUUCAAUUUCUUCGAUUUGCUCAAAUCAUCCACCACCACCACAUAUGUCACAGUGCCAGGUUCAUGGAAUGUAUUCUCAACCAUUUGCUCAAACUUGUGGAACUGGAGGACAUUACGGCGGCUUUCCAUCCCAACCACCGCAAAUCGUUCCACAGUCACAUCAACCUCACUAUCAACAUGCUCAUAUAGCUCAGCAGGUAUGGCGUCCUGACGGUAUGCUCGAUGGCCUUGACCAUCACGGUCCACCAAUACAUGUGCCCACACUUUCUGCCGCCCACCAUAUGCAUUCCUCGCCACAAAUGGCCCAAGUAUCACCACCGCAACCAAUCUUUAUCUCAACCGAAGGUCGACAAGCACAAAUGGAUCUCAUACGAAAUGCACGCAGAACACUGGCCACACCCCGGCACCGAAAUUAUGCACGAAUCCAUUGGACGGCUACACAUCCACAUGCUCAUCCGCACGCACAUGCUCACCGGCACACAAUUCAGCAUCAACCACAAAUGCCAAUGCAAACGGGAAUAAUAAAUUCGGGAAUUUUGCUUAAUUUCCUUGCCAUGGUUCAAUUGCCGCCAUAUGGACAGCACGAACUCAGUUCACCCGAUUCGAAUGAAACUGAAAAUUACGAGGCAUUGUUGAGCUUAGCGGAACGGCUUGGUGAGGCGAAACCGAGAGGUCUAGCUCGGCCAGAAAUCGAUCAACUUCCAAGCUACAAAUUUAAUGUUGAAACUCAUACAGGCGAUCAAACAUCUUGUGUCGUCUGUAUGUGCGAUUUCGAAGCACGACAGACAUUACGCGUUCUACCAUGCUCGCAUGAAUUCCACGCUAGAUGCGUCGAUAAAUGGUUGCGGUCGAACCGCACGUGUCCAAUAUGCAGAGGAAAUGCAUCAGACUAUUUUAGUUGCAGCAGCAGUGAAGGACGUUAAAAAUAUAAAUGUGGAAAACACAAUUUCGCUUGUUUCUCCCCCAUACACACAAAGAAUGUGAAUAACAAUAAAAUGAAUAAAAGCAGAGAAAGAAAAUUUUCGGUGGAAUGUUUGAUUUCCACAUUAAUCAAAAGAAAUAAAAAAAAGAUUGGCAUUAAUAUCAAAGUAUACGCGCGUUUCAUUUUGCUUUAUUAUUGAUGAAUUUUCAAAAAUAUAACAAAUGCAACAAAACCAAUUUAGUGUUUAAAAAAAAGGAAAAUAAUAAAUUUGAUCGAUGAUCAAUUUAGUCGUAUUAAUUAUAUUUGUCUUGUAAAAUUUAAUCGUUAACUUUACCCCGUAACCCCCGAACUGCAUAUUAUAAUUAAAAAAAAAGAAGAUUUUAGUCAAACGAACUAAAAUUAACAAAAAAAAAAGAAAGAAAAAAUUUAUCUUGUGUGCAACUUUUCCGAUCGCGUUUUUUACACUUCAAAACAAACAACAAAAAUAUUUGUAUAAUAAACUAGAUGAUUAUGUAAUUUACUAUGUAUUAUGUCUGUGUGCGUGUGUAUGUCUUUUAUUCUGCACAAAAAAACAAAACAAAAAUACAAUUUCAGGACUAGAAUGAUCUCACACAUUUUAAUUGUUCAAAAUUAAGAAAUUUUGCGGAGUUAACUACACCAUAGAUAACGGUUAGUCAUCUGCUAUCCACAACAACGUUAACAAUAAGCGAUAUUCUCACAUAUGUGUUCUCCUACUUAACGGGAUGCGUUUGAUCAAAAUGUUGAAGUAGUAGAUGAAGUAACAGAUUUUGUUGCGAUACGCUUGCCAUUUCUGAAAGAUUAACUGAAAUUGAGAUUGCAA